AUGGGUAUAAUAUGUGGAUAAAAUCAGAAACAUAAAUCUUAAGAGUUACAUGUUUCAAGACCUUUGUCUUAAUCAUUAAAGCACGAAUAUGAAAAUGUUGAAUGUGAAGAUUAGGAUCAGUUAUUUUGCCCAUCCUUGACUCAGAAUUAUGUCUUAUACCCAAAAUUCCUUAUUACAUAAGAAUCAAAAUGCGAUAAGGAAGAGUAAAAUAUAAUCACUUCUGUUCUAUAAAGCUCUUCUUAAUUGUCUUUGGGAUUUUAAAGUGAACCUAACAAUAUAAAUGAAAAUCAAAACAAACAAAUUAACUAAAAUAAAUUAAAGCCAGACAUGUUAAAUUCUAAAAGAAUGAGUUUGGAAUAGAGAUAUAAAAUUGCAGUAUCACCUUCUCAAAGUAGAAACCGAAAUAAUAAUAAUUCAUUAAGUCCUUUGGCCAAAAUGUUCAAAGGUUAAAACUCUACUGCAAAACAAAGAGAGCAAUAAAUUUUAACAAAUGGAAAGCGGAAAUUAUCAAAUUAAAAUAGAUGA